CUCGCCACAAUGGACUCUCCCAUCCUUCAGUCAGCCUGUCGGAGGCUGCGGUGCUGCUGAUGCUCCUUUCUGCUCGCCUGCACCCCUCUUGCAGCAUCCUCCCGCGCGCCUGAGAGGAGCAGCCGUGGGUACCACAAGAGGACGGCACCCGUUCAGCCAAAAGGAGCAGCUCAGUCCGUCAGGCUUCCCACCACGAGCUCGGACUAAACGGAUGGGUCGCCCUUCAGCAUCCUCAACUGGCAGCCUUCAGACAGCUGCCAACAUCUGUUCCUCCCCUCCUACUGGAAGGUCACAGGGCGGCCCUGUAGUCUGAAAGAGAGAGACUGCUCCAAGGGAAGGAGCUGUCCACUCUCUGAGGUGCUGAACGGAGAGAACUCUUCCCGAGUUAGAUCUGUGUGUACGAUUCCUUUUCUCGUCUCAUCAGGCCUGAAAAGGUUGCAAGCCAGGUCAGGACCAUGGAUGAAGGGUUUAGAGACCGGACCGCCUUCAUCCGGGGGGCGAAAGACAUCGCCAAGGAAGUGAAGAAGCAUGCGACCAAGAAGGUGGGCAAGGGCGUGGACCGGGUGCAGGACGAAUACACGAAACGUUCCUACUCACGCUUUGAGGAAGAGGACGACGAUGAAGACUACCAGCCCCAGGAUGGCUACUACCGCGGGGAACCGGCAGUGGACGACGAAGGGGCCUCCAGUGAUGCCACUGAAGGCCACGAUGAAGAUGAUGAGAUUUACGAAGGGGAGUACCAAGGCAUACCCCGGAAUGAUUCCCUCAAGGGUGGGGACCAUUUGACGGCAAACCAGCAGGUCGUGAGCGAGUUCAAGGACUUUGAUGACCUGGAAGGGGAAAAGAAGAAGGAGAAGGAGGAGUUGUCCCAGCAGUAUGAGCUGAUUCUGCAGGAGUGUGGACAUGGGCGCUUCCAGUGGACACUGUAUUUUGUGCUUGGACUGGCCCUCAUGGCGGACGGAGUGGAGAUCUUUGUGGUGGGCUUCGUCCUCCCCAGCGCCGAAAAGGAUAUGUGCUUGUCAGACUCCAACAAAGGCAUGCUGGGCCUCAUUGUCUACCUGGGAAUGAUGGUCGGAGCCUUCCUGUGGGGUGGCCUGGCAGACCGGCUUGGGCGCAGGCAGUGCCUCUUGAUGUCGCUCUCCGUCAACAGCGUCUUCGCCUUCUUCUCGUCCUUUGUGCAGGGAUACGGCACUUUCCUCUUCUGCCGGCUACUCUCCGGCGUGGGCAUUGGGGGCUCCAUCCCCAUUGUUUUCUCCUACUACUCUGAGUUCCUGGCCCAGGAGAAGCGGGGCGAGCAUCUCAGCUGGCUCUGCAUGUUCUGGAUGAUUGGAGGGAUCUAUGCAUCUGCCAUGGCAUGGGCAAUCAUCCCCCAUUACGGGUGGAGCUUCCAAAUGGGCUCGGCGUACCAGUUCCACAGUUGGCGGGUCUUCGUCCUGGUCUGCGCCUUCCCUUCCGUCUUCGCCAUCGGCGCCCUCACCACCCAGCCGGAGAGCCCGCGCUUCUUCUUGGAGAACGGGAAGCACGACGAGGCCUGGAUGGUGUUGAAACAAGUCCACGACACCAAUAUGAGGGCCAAGGGACAUCCCGAGCGGGUCUUCUCGGUGACCCACAUCAAGACGAUCAAACAGGAGGACGAGCUGGUCGAGAUCCAGUCGGACACGGGGACCUGGUAUCGGCGCUGGAUGGUCCGCUGCCUGAACCUUUCGCAGCAGGUCUGGCACAAUUUUCACCAGUGUUUCGCUCCUGAGUAUCGCCGGGUGACCUUGAUGAUGAUGGCCGUGUGGUUCACCAUGUCUUUCAGUUACUACGGUUUGACCGUCUGGUUCCCAGACAUGAUCAAGCACCUCCAGAAUAUCGAGUAUGCUUCCCGCACCAAGAUCUUCACCCACGAGACGGUGCGUCACAUCAACAUCAACUUCACCUUGGAAAACCAGAUCCAUAGCCGCAGCGAGUACUUCAACGACAGGUUCAUAAGCCUCAAGAUGAAAUCUGUCACUUUCAUCGACUCCCUGUUCGAGGAGUGCUUCUUCGAAGACAUCACCUCCAGCAAUACUUUCUUCAAGAACUGCACUUUCAUCAACACUGUCUUCUACAACACAGACCUCUUUGAGUACAAGUUCAUCAGCAGCCGGUUCGUCAACAGCAGCUUCAUGCACAACAAAGAAGGAUGCCAGCUGGAUUUCAGUGAUGAUAACAACGCCUACAUGAUCUACUUCGUUAGCUUCCUGGGCACCCUGGCAGUGCUGCCGGGGAACAUUGUCUCGGCACUCCUGAUGGACAAGAUUGGGCGUCUUCGGAUGCUAGCUGGAUCGAGCGUGAUGUCUUGCGUGAGUUGCUUCUUCUUGUCCUUUGGCAACAGCGAAUCAGCCAUGAUCGCCCUCCUCUGUCUAUUUGGUGGGGUCAGCAUAGCCUCUUGGAACGCUCUGGAUGUCCUCACUGUCGAGUUGUACCCAUCAGAUAAAAGGACGACCGCGUUUGGCUUCCUCAACGCCCUGUGCAAGCUGGCGGCCGUCCUGGGCAUCAGCAUCUUCACUUCCUUCGUCGGCAUCACCAAAGCCGUGCCCAUCCUGCUGGCCUCGACGGCCCUGGCGGUGGGCAGUUCGCUGGCCCUGAAGCUACCGGAGACGCGUGGCCAGGUCCUGCAGUGAGAGAGCUUCGCACCCGGCCCGGCCCGCUCCUGCCCCGUCCCACUUGGGGGAGAUGUAGAGUCGUAGACACUGUGACCAUCUCGUUGUACCAUUUCAGUGACCAAAAAAAUAAUAAUAAUCCAUCUUGGUUUGGAUUUCCUUUCGUCGAGUCGCUCUUUCAGUUCCCCUCCUGUCUCUCCUCCCCAUUCGCGCACCGCUGUGAUUUUGGUGUCUGUGCGAAUCCAGUUCCAAGUGGAGCGGCCGGGGAAACCGAUACGAGGCGGGGGCGAUCUUCUGUCUAACGCAGAGAAAGUCAGAGGCAGAACAUGUGAGAGGCAGCGUCCCCUCCCGACCCCAAGGUAUUUCAGGGUGCGAUCCUAAUUUACGAAUCCAAGCUUGAGCGUCCAAAUAUCCAGUAGCGGAAGUGUGAUCUGUUUUACACCAGUGUGUAAACUUGUAAACAACUCACAAAUCUUGGGUGUGUAAUGUGUUCCAAACGAAUCCUCGUUCUUUUUUUCCCUCCCCCUCCUCAAGGUUCCCACAAGGCACGCUUCGUGUCACUGUGUGCGUACGCGUGUGUGUGUACGGAUCAAUGCAGAACUCCACGGGUUCCCCUACUGUAUGUACCAUCAUAACCCACUCUUAGCGUCCGUUUGGGUGUAAAACUAGCAUCAGUUCAGGUGUAACUUCGUUUAGCUUGACGUUUCAGGAUUUCCAGUGGAAUUCUCUUUCUGCACCGAGGAACCGGCUUGGCUCCCAACAUAUGCCGGCUCGCCGUCCCACAAGUCGGAUUUACCCGGUGCACCUGUCCAUGACCGAUACAUUUUUAUUGUACAUCUGUGUAAUUUGAAGGUGGUGGAUCUGUUUUUUGGGGUAGGCAUUUCAGAGGCAGGACGGUGAGAUGUUCCGGUCGAAGGUCUUUAGGCCAUCCGUUCCCCGGCUCUAUACCUCAGCAGCACAAUAGGAACAAGCGUAUAUAUUUGAACAUCAGAAGCGGCCUUGUUCGGAGUUGGGUCGUUGGUCCUUUCUGCCCAGUAUUGUUUGGGGGCUCUUAUAUAUAUAGGGAUAUACCUGGCAGGCGUGCAGGUCAGUUUUGUGUUCUGGGUCUCAAAUGCAUUGAAACGUGUGCACUGACCCCACACAGAUCUUUCUGCCGUUUGACAGAUGGGGAGGUUUGUAUAGUCAGUGUAAGUGAUCACGUGCCACAGUAAGGCACAAUUCCCUACACAACGCCAUACCUUUGGGAACUUUUGUACAGGCUGUUAUGAAUGCCUCUUUAUCUCCAGCCUGCCACUUCUGAAUGGGGACGCACGAUGAGAUGUGGAUGUGGAAGGAAGCCAUUUUGGAAUCUCACAUCGGUUCCCGACGGUAUGGCUGGUUUGUACGGGAAAUCCAGUAGAGCUGCAUCAGACUGUGAAUGGUACAGGAUCCACCCCUCCCCCGUCCUUCUCUUGUAAUAUUAGGUAAUACUAGAACCUGGGUUCCUUUAGUUCAGGAUGGGCCAAAGGAAGCACUGGUUUGCCAAACAGGUGAUUAACUUGUGGAACUCACUGUCACAAGAUGCAGUGAAGGCCACCAUCUUAGAUGGCUCAAAACUUAUGCAGGAUGUGUAUCUUGAUAGCUAUGAGCUAACUGGGACCUCCAUGUUUCAGGGGCAGUCUACCUGAGUACCAGGGGUGAGGGUUUAGCGCAAGAGAAGGUUGUUUCUUUCAUUUCCUGCUUGUAGGCUUCCCAUCUGGCUGACCACUGAUGGAAACAAGAUGAUGAACUAGAUGGAACAACUUUGGUUUGGACCAGGCUCCUCUGAUGUUCUUAAAGUCAAACCGUAUCCUCAGUGUCAUUUCUGAAAAGUGACCUGUGUGUUCUCUUGCUGUACUUCCUGAAUGAAGGAACUCCCAUACCCGGAGCAAUUCUUAUCUUUCUCUUUCAAGCACAAGGAGCCUAGCAACUCUGGGAAGGUGAAAUAGGUCUUUAAUCUUUUGGACCAAAAAUCUGAUGACUUGGGGAAACCUUGGAAACCAAAUUUAACUCCAGGAUAAGCAAUUCCAUUUGCUGCCACGCAGCCAGCCACAUCUUUCAUUACCAUUAAAACAAACCAACCAGCCAGCCAACAAACAGCCCUUAUUCUAUGGAACUCACCACCACAAGAUUGGGUGUUGGCCAUAGUUCAGGUGGGCUAAAGAAAAGACAAGAUAAAGUCUUGGAAGAGGAGGACUUUCAACAGCUAUUGGCCAUGACUGCUGACUAGAACCUCACCAUAAUGAAGCAGUAUAUUUCACACCAGAUGACAGGGACAGAUAAACAGGAGAUAGCGACCACUGCCUUGAAGCCAACUGAGCAUCUGACUGAUCCUGUUGGAAGCAGGAUGUGGGUCUAACCUGGACCUUUGGUCUGACCCAGCAAGGCUGUUCUUAGACUUUUAGCCAUGGAGAUUUUUAGACAUGGUUGUUCUCCUUUCCCUGAAGACCAUGUGGAAAUCCACCGACCAGCUUGUGAGGGCUAGAGGCAGGUAGGCAGGAGCCCUGACCCAGGUAGUUCAGAAGAGCUUUCUCUGUGCCGGAGCCAGGAUGAGCUACCAGGGCCAGCAUUGUCAGGUCCAGGUGGAACCUGAUUGGUCCAACUGUGCCAGCUGACCCUUGCUGAGUUGGGCGCUGCCGUACCACCCUCUGGCCAUCGGCAGUGGUGGCGCUAAAGUGCAGCAGAAUCCAACCUUCUCCGCUGCCACAACACUAGCAGGGAAGACGACACCAACUAGCUUGCCCAGUUUGACCCCUGUGACCUUGGCACCUGCAGCGAAAUAAGUCUCUUUUCAUUGGGAAAUGGAAUUCUGACUUCAAAAUCUGACAUCCAGGUUUGGGAUUUUGAUGGCAAGUUUCAGUGAUUGGGGCAGGGGACAGGGUGGUUGUCUAACUUUUGCUCUAAUUGGCAAAAAAAUUAAAUUAAAAUAAAUAAAUAAAAUAAAAAGAUGGGUGAAGAAUCUAAAAUGUAACCAGGAGAUGGAGACAGAGAGGAGAGCUGGUCUUGUGGUAGCAAGCAUAACUUGUUCCCUUAGCAGGGUUCGCCCUGGUUGCAUAGAAUGGGAGACUUGAUGCGUGAGCACUGUAUGGUAUUCCCCUCAGGGGAUGGAGCCGCUCUGGGAAGAGCAUCUAGGUUCCAAGUUCCCUCCCUGGCAGCAUCUCCAAAAUAGGGCUGAGACAGACUCCUGCCUGCAAGCUUAAAGAAGCCGCUGCCAGUCUGGGUAGACUAUACUGAGCUAGACAGACCAAUGGUCUGACUCAGUAUAUGGCAGCUUCCUAUGUUGGUGGUGGUGGAGGAGAUAACUUGAACAUUUUUGGACCAGCCUUUCUGAAUGUGAUUUACUUGGCUGAAGAAAGAAAAAGUACUGUGAGAGAGACCCAAGCCUAGACCCAUACCUGUCUUCUCUUCUUGAGAGAGAUUCCCAAAGAAACCCAUUUUUCUUCCCCUCAGAAUUAUAGUAGACAGGCUGUUGGAAAGAGGACACUGUUCUAGAGGGGCUGAUCCAGCAAGGCCAUAGAUUCUUAUUUAGCCACAAAUGGGGUCAGAAUAGAACCCCCUCAUUCAGGGGCAGUCUACCUCUGAACCCCAGCUGCUAGGGGACAGAUAGCAGGGGAGGGCUACUGCCUAUUGCCCUGCUUGUCUUGGAACCAGAUGCUGGUCCAAGGUUGAUUCUAGCAUGCAACUGGAAACAUCUUGUUUAGUGCAAAACAAUAAAAUGAAAUUGUGCAGUAGAAAUGCCAUUUCUCUGCUGUUGGGCCUAUGGAGCUUUGUACAAAAGUAGAUUGGUUCUUCCAAAGAAAUAGAGAAGAAAAAGAGAAGAGGGAUCUUUGUAACCUUUCUCAACCUUCAUAAUCUUAACACGAGUAUAUUACAGCCUUCCCUUAUUUCCCCCCUCCAUCUUUCUCGCUUCCUUUCUGUCUUCCUUCCUCUUUGUUUUCUUUUUCGAUUCAUUCUCAUUUUCCCUUUUGUCUUGAUCACUUUCUGUUAAAAAGUUCUGGAGUAAGAUGUUUGUGAAUGGAGGUGGGCUGUGUCCAUUGCCUGCAGGGAACAAACCUUAGAAUAUACCUCGUGUGGGACUAGAUACUUUGGUUUGAUCCAACAGGGCUCCGAGAGAAAACGGGAUUAUUAUUAUUUUGCUCAAAAUAUUAACGCUUCCCGAAAUGUGUCUGGAACCAACUCCUGAGUGUGUAAUGCCACCUUUUGGAAAGAAAUGGGUCCAUAUCCGAUCAAACGUAUCACGAGUCCUGCGCAAUUAAAGCACACCCCCGAUUCCUCGUUUCGUUCUGAGUCUGUCACCUUCCGACUUUGGUCUCUUAACAUCCUUUACAGUGUAGCUGGUCUUUUAAAUCAGAACCAACAUACAAAAACCAUGUGUAGUACUGUCUGUAUGCAACAAAUUUUGUGCUGUGGUGUAGUUUAUAGAUGUUUGUAAAGAACAAUUGGGGAAAAAAUAUCAGAAAAAAAGUCAUAACUUCCGUUGUGGUCUUUGGUUUGUUUCAUUUUGUAUAAAACAGAAAAAUAAAGGCCAGGAAUGCAGAUUAGAGAUGACAGAUAUUUUAAAUGUCACGUUCUGGAAAGGGGUGGGGGGAGAGACUCAAAUAAGGUGCUGUAAAAUAAUAAUUUAAAAUUUAAAACAAGAGGUUGUGUGUGCAGUUUGUUUAGCAGGAUAAAAGGAAAUUGUGUGCGUCUCGGACCACACAACUGGCUCUUUUUUUCCGGCAUUAUGAACUCAUAGUCAACAAAAUCAA